UCAGAAUCGUAGUUUAAUCGUGGCUUACACACGUUCAGGUGAAUAUCUGGCGUGUUUACAGUAUCUGCUGUUUCGUGAGUUAUUGAGUAUCCUCGAGUAACGAUAAACAUAAAUAAAUAUAAAACGUGAACGUUCAUCGUCAUUAUAAAGAGAGCUAUGCAUCAAAUACUCACCUGUCUGUUCCUUGUCAUGGCAAUCGUCUACGCGGCUGCCCGCCCCGACGACUCGACCUCGAAAAUGUUUUCCAAAGAUCUUGCCUCUACUGACAAAUACCCACAGAAAUUGGACAAUAUCAAUGUAGAUGAAAUUCUGAAAAAUGAUCGCUUGUUCAAUAAUUAUUACAAGUGUUUGCUCGACGAAGUAAGAUGCACUGCUGAAGGAAAUGAAAUCAAAAAGAUCUUACCUGAAGCUCUGGCCACCGACUGCCAGAAAUGUACUGAAAAACAAGCAGAAAAUGUCAAGAAGAUAAUCUACUUCCUGAUCACGGAAAAGCCACAAUUGUGGGACCAUUUCAUGGACAAGUUCGACCCCGAAAAUAAAUACAGAUAUAAAUACGAGGAGCAAGUGAAGAAGGGUGUAAAAGCUCAUUAAACAUAAUUAUUCGAACAUAGGAGAUUCGACCUUAUAAUUGUUUGGGAACAAAUGCAAUUGUCCAUUCCAGAAAUUAUUCACGUCCCUAAUAAACACGUAAACGACGUAACGAUCGAAUGAUAGACAAGUGGACACAGUAUUUAUUCGUAUAUGCAAAGCAAGCGAAAACAAAAAAAAAGAAAAUAAUCUCAAGACGACGAAUAUGUAAUUUUAUAAUGCGAGAAAAAUAAAAAUUGAUUUGAACAAA